CGUCGAAAGCCUAGCCCAACUCGGAGCCCGGUUCCUCUUCCUCCUCAUCCCCUAUAUUCUUCGCCUCCUCCACAUUUCUUCCUUCCGAUCGAAGCCAACCUACCUCCGCCCGCUUGAGCUCGAGCGCAUCCGCCGGAACCGAGGACGACUCUUCUCCACGCCGCCACCGCCGCCGCCGCCGCCGCCGCCGCCUCCUCUUCGGCCAAGCGGAGAACCGGUGCUUAGGUUCAAAAGGGGUUAACCUUCUUGUCCAUGAAUAUGUAUUUUGAAGGCUAUGGUUACCGUGGAAGUACUUUUGAGCAGACCUAUCGCUGCUACCCUGCAUCUUUUAUUGACAAGCCACAGCUUGAAUCUGGUGACAAAAUUAUCAUGCCACCUUCGGCACUUGAUCGUCUUGCGUCUCUGCAUAUUGAGUACCCUAUGCUAUUUGAAGUACGCAACACAGCAGCAGAACGCACUUCACACUGUGGUGUCCUAGAGUUCAUUGCAGAAGAAGGGAUGAUCUACAUGCCAUACUGGAUGAUGCAAAAUCUUCUUUUGCAAGAAGGAGAUAUGGUGUUUAUAAAAAAUGCCAACCUCCCAAAGGGCACAUAUGUGAAGCUGCAGCCUCAUACAACUGACUUCUUGGACAUUUCAAAUCCCAAAGCAAUCUUGGAAAAAACUUUGCGGAACUACUCUUGUCUAACCACUGGUGACAGCAUUAUGGUGGCAUAUAAUAACAAGAAGUACUACAUUGAUAUAGUUGAAACAAAGCCUGCCAGUGCUAUAAGUAUAAUUGAGACUGAUUGUGAGGUUGACUUUGCCCCACCACUUGACUAUAAAGAACCUGAGCGACCAAAACCUACUGCUCCUCCCAGCGCUGAUCCUGCUGCAGAGGCUCAAGAUGAGGAGGAACCAAAGUUCAGCCCCUUCACUGGUCCUGGAAGGCGCUUGGAUGGGAAGCCUGCUAAAGAUUUGGAUGCAUCAUCCUCUUCGCCUGCAAAGCGACAAGCUAAUGCAACCAACAGUGUUCAGCCCUCAGCAGCCUCCACACCACAGAUCACGGCGCCACGUAAAACCACAGGAAAGCUUGUCUUUGGCUCUGGUGGAAGCCAGUCAUCAAAAGGAACAGAAAAGGUGCCCGACAAGGAUGCAAAGGAGGAUCCGAAGAAAGAGGAGCCGAAGUUUUCAGCAUUCACGGGAAAGAAGUACUCCUUGAAGGGCUGAAUGCCAGAGUAUGUAUUUAUCAGCACUUCCUGUCACAAACAUCAUCAGGGCUAAGAGUUCAGUCAGCUACUGUUUAGUUUCCUGAUCCCUUGGGAGCUGGGGCAUCUUUCGGUGGACUACCAAUGCUUCUUUUCUGUCAACUGUGAUCCUUAUGUCAGCCGCCGUGGGUCAGUUUGGCUGAUGUGUACAAAGUAUUUCAAUGUCUGUUCAUGGAUUCUUAGCGAGUUACUACACAUUGCAUUUGUUUGCGCUGUUA